AUGUCCAUGUUUCAAUCUUGCCGGCUCGCCAAGGGCUUGCGCACAUUUGCGACAUCGCCCUCGCUUCUUCGUGGCCAGAAUUUGACCGAGAAAAUCGUACAAAAGUAUGCUGUUGGUCUUCCCCAAGGUAAGAAGGUAUUCAGUGGAGAUUACGUUUCCAUCAAACCAGCCCACUGCAUGUCCCACGACAACUCUUGGCCAGUUGCCACCAAAUUCAUGGGUUUGGGUGCUAAAAAGGUCAAGGACAACCGACAGAUCGUGUGUACUUUGGACCAUGACGUUCAGAACAAGACGGAAAAGAACUUGGAGAAGUAUCGCAACAUCGAGAAGUUUGCUGGCGAACAGGGGAUCGAUUUUUACCCUGCUGGUCGUGGUAUUGGCCACCAGAUCAUGAUCGAGGAAGGUUAUGCUUUUCCUUUGAACUUAACCGUGGCCUCUGACUCACACUCCAACACUUACGGAGGUGUUGGAUCGUUGGGUACUCCCAUUGUGAGAACGGACGCAGCUUCUAUCUGGGCCACUGGCCAGACAUGGUGGCAAAUUCCUCCUGUUGCUAGAGUUGAGUUGGUGGGCGAGUUACCUAAGGGUGUCACCGGUAAGGAUGUCAUUGUUGCCCUCUGUGGUAUUUUCAACCAAGACGAGGUGUUGAAUCACGCUAUCGAGUUUGUAGGUGAUGGAGUCGCCAAGUUGCCCGUGGAUUACAGAUUGACUAUUGCCAACAUGACCACCGAGUGGGGUGCAUUGUCUGGAUUGUUCCCAGUGGACGAUACCUUGGUGGAGUUUUACAAGGAGAGAAUUGGCAAGUUGCCACAGCCACAUGCUCGUGUGAACGAAAAGACUAUCACAGAGCUUGAACAGAACAAGGUGACCUCAGAUUCUGAUGCAGUGUACGCGAAGAACUUGAGAAUCGACUUGUCUUCGCUCUCGCCUUACAUUUCCGGACCUAACUCGGUCAAGGUGUCCAACUCGCUUGCAGACUUGUCUGCCAAGGAUAUUAAGAUCAACAAAGCAUAUUUGGUGUCGUGUACCAACUCUAGAUUGAGUGAUAUUAAGGCUGCAGCUGACAUUAUCAAGGGCCACAAGGUUGCUGAUGGUGUAGAAUUCUAUGUGGCUGCUGCAUCCUCCAAUGUCCAGAAGGACGCCGAGGCCAUUGGUGCCUGGAAAGACAUCUUAGAUGCCGGUGCCAUUCCACUUCCUGCUGGUUGUGGCCCAUGUAUUGGGUUGGGUACUGGGUUGUUGAAGGACGGAGAAGUUGGUAUUUCUGCUACUAAUAGAAACUUCAAAGGUCGUAUGGGUUCCAAGGAUGCAUUGGCAUACUUGGCAUCUCCUGAAGUUGUUGCUGCAUCUGCUGUUUUGGGUAAGAUCGGAGGUCCCGAAGAGAUCGGCGGUAAUCCAGUCAAGGCUUCCACUGACAUCGUCAAGUCUGUGGAGGUGACGUCUUCUACCGCCUCUUCCGCGGACUCCGGUGCUGUUGAGGUUUUGGACGGCUUCCCUAAGGCCAUUGAGGGUGAGUUGAUCUUAUGUGAUGCCGACAACAUCAACACCGACGGAAUCUACCCAGGAAAGUACACUUACCAAGAUGACAUUCCUAAGGAGAAGAUGGCUGAGGUUUGUAUGGAAAACUAUGACGGAGAGUUUAAGAACAAGACGAGGGCCAGCGACAUCAUCAUUUCUGGUUACAACUUUGGAACUGGUUCGUCAAGAGAACAGGCUGCUACAUGUAUUUUAGCCAGAGGCAUGAAGUUGGUUGUUGCAGGAUCAUUUGGUAACAUCUUUUCCAGAAACUCCAUCAACAACGCCUUGUUGACUUUGGAGAUUCCUGCAUUGAUUAAUCAGUUGAGGGAGAAGUUUAAGGGCGCUGACGAAUUGACCAUCAGGACUGGUUGGUUCUUGAAGUGGGAUGUUACCAAGGCACUUGUGACGGUUAAGGACUCGGAAGGAAACGUUGUUCUUGAACAGAAGGUUGGAGAGCUUGGUACCAACUUGCAAGAUAUCAUUGUGAAGGGUGGUCUCGAGGGUUGGGUUCGUUCAGAGCUUUCGAAAGAGUCUUAG